AUAUUGCUCUAUAGUUAAUUUCCAAGUUUUCCAAUCAGAGACUCGAAAGAAAUUCUCUCUUUCUAUCUGUGAUCAGAUGCACAGCAUGAGAGCACCUAGUGUAACAAAAAGGAUGUGCAAUUCUAGAGAAAAGGAAAGCGAGCUAAGAAGAGGUCCUUGGACCCUUGAAGAAGAUACUUUGCUCACUCAUUACAUUGCUCGUCAUGGUGAAGGUCGUUGGAAUAUGUUAGCAAACUAUGCAGGACUGAAGAGAACAGGAAAGAGUUGCAGAUUGAGAUGGCUGAAUUAUCUAAAACCUGAUAUUAAGCGUGGCAAUCUUACUCCACAAGAACAGCUCUUGAUCCUUGAACUGCACUCCAAGUGGGGUAACAGGUGGUCAAAAAUUGCACAGCAUCUGCCUGGAAGGACUGACAAUGAGAUCAAGAACUACUGGAGAACAAGGGUGCAAAGGCAGGCACGUCAGCUCAAUAUUGAGUCCAAUAGCAAGAAUUUCCUUGAUGCUGUUAGGUGUUUUUGGAUGCCAAGAUUGAUUCAAAAAGUGGAGCAAAAUUGCUGUUCUUCUCCUUUACCAACCCUGGAUUCACAAACUCAAGCAAUUGCUUCUGAAUCAUCACCCAAUUUCACAGUUGCUAAUUCUUUUUCAUCAGAAACAUGUCCUCCACAAAACAAAUUGGCACAAUACUCAAAUCUUGCAAGUGAAAAUUCAAGUUCAGUCACUAGCCCUAAUGUUCUUUCCACAGAUUUCUUGCCAAUCUCACACCAGCCCGAAAUUGUUGAAAACCCAGCAAGUUCUUGUCCACCUCUACUUGAUAACACAGUCUACAACAACCUACCUCUAAGUGAUAGUUACUACGUGGAGAACAGUGGCUAUGACAUGGAUGGAUUUAAUCCUGCUUAUGUGCCUGAAAUUGACACUUUUGGUGAUUCAACAUCAGAAUGCAAAAUGGCAGAAGGCAAUUGGGUCUUUGAUGAUGACAUGGCGUAUACUCUAUGGAACAUGAAUGACAUAUGGCAAUUUUAGACUUUAAAAUAAAGAGAAAUUAGAAGGCCAUAUAUAUCUUGCAUAUCUAUAGUUUAUAGGGUGGCACUGAGAUUGUGGUUAGGGUACAUCAUUACAUACAUAUGUAUCAUCUUGACUCAAAUUUCAUACUGAUCUACAUUGGGUUUGCAAGGAUGAGUAAUGAAAUUAUGAAAUGAAACAUCAUCUAUAGUGACUUACAUUCUGUCGUUCAUAAACAGAAUAUUUAUAUGCAUGGUGAGAAAUUAUUUAUGCA